AUGGCAUUUGACGCUAAUGGGUUGUACGCUUCUGCCAUGACAGAAGGUGAAUAUCCUAAAGCGGAAAGUGCAAGAGCGUUUCUACCAGAAGAAGAAAAAGAAUUUGUAAAACUGUUCAAUAAACAAAAAUUCAGACCUAGAACUGCUAUUUUAAAAGUUUGGUUUGAAUAUCCCAAAAAAAUGCUCUUUCAACCCAUACCAGCUAAAGAUAAAAUAACUUUUACGAAUAGAAUAGGUCAGAAGGAAACUGGCACUAAAAUCAGGUUCAGAAAUGGUUUCUGUCACGACGUUUUAACAUCAGUUGAUAUUCAAGAAAUAGUGAAAUCCGGUGGUAAAAUUAUUAGAAUAUUAGAUUGUAUAGUAUACGAAGGAAAUUUUAAAACUCCACCAUACAGAGAUUAUAUUUUAAUUUUGAAGGAAUUAAGGAAUAAAUACAAAAAAGAAGGAGAUAUGGUUGCUAGUAAUUGCAUGAAAUUAUUAGGUAAUUCCUUAUACGGUAAAUCUAUUCAGAAGGAUAUAAAUACAUCGAGACAUCUAUGGAGUGAAGCGACUUUUAAAGCCAACUUCGAUUCACACGUCAAAAGCUAUGAAAAAGUAAAUGAUAGUCAAUAUAUAGUUGAGAUGAAUGAAGAAGAAAAAGAGUUUGUUCCUCCAAAGGAUUUUACUAGAUUAACAUCCACUCAUUUAGAUGGAUUUUAUAAGCCGGAAAUAUACUAUACAGAUACUGAUAGUUUUUACAUUUCGUCUAGUAAUUGGGAUAAAUUAAAUGAAGCUGGGUUGGUGUCUGAAAACGAAUAUAGCAAAGGGAAGAAUGAUUACGGUGAUGGUGGAAUCAUAUUUGGUUUAUAUUUAGCGCCAAAAGUAAAAUACAAUAUCAUUCUAACUUCCGAUGGUGUUUUAAAAGAAAAGAAACCGUUUAAGGGUUACUCUAACUAUAAGAUUAAGGUAGAAGACUACAUUCAAUUAGCUAGUGGACAUGACGUAACGAAUGAAUUUAAGAAACCUUGGGUAAAAAGUUUUACUGAUGGAAUAGUUAUUCCUAAUGAAACACAAAAGAAAGUUUUCAGAAGUUAUCUGAAUCUCGUUAAGAGAAAAGCACCAAACAGUGUAGGAAUUAUGUAUCCUUACAACAAUAAAGAUGAGAUGUGUUUGGAUGAAAACUAUGAAUUUGAUGAAUUCGUUUAUCUAACUAUUCAAGAAGAGAAUGAAGAGUGUUAA